AGUCUGGAAGACAUGUUAAAAGUUAAAGAAGAAGAGUUGAGCAAACAAGCUGAAAUGAUAGAACAAUUGAAACAAAUGUUGUUGGAUAGCCAAUUGUUAAAAGUUAAAGAAGAAGAGUUGAGCAAACAAGCUGAAAUGACAGAACAAUUGAAGCAAAUGUUGUUGGAUAGCCAAUUUAAAAAACGGACAAUAAUACAUAAAAUUUUGGAACGUAUAAAAC